AAACUAGGCUUGGCCUCUUGCCUAUAGUGGCCACCACUCCUCAAGCCCCAGCCAGCACCAUGAGCGGCCGAGUUGGAGACCUGAGCCCCAAACAGGCAGAGACCCUGGCCAAGGUUCAAGCAAUUCUCCUGCCUCAGCCUCCUGAGUAGCUGGGAUUACAGUUCCGAGAAAAUGUCCAGGAUGUGCUUCCCGCCCUGCCCAACCCCGAUGAUUAUUUCCUUCUACGCUGGCUCCGAGCUCGGAAUUUUGACUUGCAGAAGUCGGAGGCUAUGCUCCGCAAGUACAUGGAGUUCCGGAAGACCAUGGAUAUUGACCAUAUCCUUGAUUGGCAGCCCCCAGAGGUGAUCCAGAAGUAUAUGCCUGGGGGCCUGUGUGGCUAUGACCGUGAUGGCUGCCCCGUGUGGUAUGACAUCAUUGGUCCACUUGACCCCAAGGGGUUGCUCUUCUCAGUCACUAAGCAGGACCUGCUCAAGACCAAGAUGAGGGACUGUGAGCGCAUCCUGCAUGAGUGUGACCUGCAGACACAGAGGCUAGGGAAGAAGAUUGAGACCAUCGUGAUGAUAUUUGACUGUGAGGGCCUGGGACUGAAACACUUCUGGAAACCUCUGGUAGAAGUGUACCAGGAGUUCUUUGGCCUCCUUGAAGAGAAUUACCCAGAGACCCUGAAGUUCAUGCUCAUCGUGAAAGCUACCAAACUGUUCCCUGUGGGCUACAACCUCAUGAAGCCAUUCCUGAGUGAGGACACCCGCAGGAAAAUUAUUGUGUUGGGAAAUAACUGGAAGGAAGGUUUGCUGAAACUCAUCAGUCCUGAGGAACUGCCUGCCCAGUUUGGGGGCACCCUGACUGACCCAGAUGGGAACCCCAAAUGUUUAACCAAGAUUAACUAUGGAGGGGAGAUCCCCAAGUCCAUGUAUGUGCGGGACCAGGUGAAGACUCAGUAUGAGCACUCGGUGCAGAUCAACCGCAGCUCGUCACACCAAGUGGAAUACGAGAUCCUAUUUCCAGGCUGCGUCCUCAGGUGGCAGUUCUCAUCUGACGGUGCAGACAUUGGCUUUGGAGUUUUCCUGAAGACCAACAUGAGGGAGCGACAGCGGGCAGGGGAGAUGACAGAGGUUCUACCCAGCCAGCGCUAUAACGCCCACAUGGUGCCCGAGGAUGGGAGCCUCACCUGCUCAGAGGCCGGCGUCUAUGUGGAAAGUGAGUCUGGGAAGUCUUGCUAUCAUCUGUCCGUAAUUGUAUGCAGCCAUGAGCUACAGAACUCAGACUCAAACUCGCAAGUGAUGGCAUACCAAAUGACACGAAAAUGCAAGCUAAGUAGGCCUUUACCCUCUCCCUGCCAGUAACUAAUUUUUGUCUGUGUGAGUAACUGGCCUGUGUGUAAGGGGACUUACCCCCUACAUGGUCCCCAGUUAAUUCUUUUUCCCAUUUGGGCUCCUGACCACCUUGCCAUGCUGCUUCUAAGAGGGGUUAUCUAUACUCAGAGGGUCUAGGGCAGACCAAGGAAGGGAAAGAAGUUUUGGAGAUUUGUUUGCUUGUUUUUUAGAGACAGGGCUUUGCUUUGUGGCCCAGGCUGGAGUGCAGUGGUGCGAUCAUAGCUCACUGCAACCUCGAACUCUUGGGCUCAAGUGAUUCUCCCCUCUCAGCCUCCUGAGUAGCUGAGACCACAGGUACACAUCACCAUGCCUGGGUUUUUUUUCUUUUUUCUUUCUUUCUUUUUUUUUUUUUUGGUAGAGAUGAGGUAUCAUUACAUUGCCCAGGCUGGUCUCAAAUUCCUGACCUCAAGCAAUCCUCCUACCUUGGCCUCCCAGGGCUAGGAUUACAUGUGUGAGCCACCUCUCCUGGUCUGGGCUUUUUUUUUUUUAGGAGAAUGUAAGUCAUUUGUUUAGCAUUUACUGAGCAUCUACUGCAUGCCAAGCUCUGCCCAAGAGGCCAAGAGAGCAGAAUAGGAGUGAGCCCUGCACUUGGAGUUUGGCCUGGCUGGGGAGCCCUAGCCUCAGGAAGCAGGACUGCCCUGGACCCCAGGAGGCCCCUGCUCAACCUGCGACAAGCCUGAAAGGCUCCCCAGAUGCACUGUGACGGUCAAGGGAGAGAAAUGGGUGACCCGGGAUCCUGGUGGCCUCAGAUCUCAUUGGGGGAAGAAGCAAGGGACCCCAGGGGUCAGAGGGAUUGGGGGGGUGGGGCUGUCAGAGGACACCCAGCAGAGUAACUCACAGGCUAUGAGGAAAGAAGUCUCCUCUUGCUCGUAUCCUCAGGAUGUCAAGACCUGCAGCCCAGGCCUGGGGUGGUGCUUAUCCUGGAGCGGCCUUACCAGGUGCACAGCUGGCCAAGGGAGGCUUGGUCAUGGGCAGAGAGGGCAGGAGGAAGGCCCUUUCUCCAUCACCCCAUCUCCCAAGGGAGUCCCAUGCCCAGAACUUACCAAGUAGCAAGACUAGAGCAACCAACAGAAGACCCUUGGGGGCAGCCAUCAUGAAAACAAAACAAAACAAAACAUUGCCCACCACCCCAAAACCUCCUUAAAUAGGCCCAGAAGAGGCUGGGGAAGGAACCUGGAGCCCACAGUUAAGCCUAGGGCAUGGCUGAGCUGGGCCCAGGCCAAACACUUCUACAGUCCUCUACCAGCGACACCCACCCCAGCCCUGCCAAACACACCUAACUGCAAUGCCCCCUGAUUUUAAGAAAGGCUCCAAAGUCCUCCUCACUCAUGAUAGAUUUACUAACACUAGUAAGACUUGUAAACCAAAAAUAAAAUUCUAAGAUCCCCCAACCAAA